AUGACCAUCACGCAGACCUACUUUCUCGCCCACACCGCCCGGGCCAAAUUGUCCCGCGAGGCCUCGCGGCCCGACCACAACCUGCGCCUGCUCGUCGGCCACGCCAACAUGCUCGACCUGCUGAUGCUCGAGCUGUCCGAGGCCGAGCGGGAGCAGGAGCGGUGGUUCAACCACUCCGUGCACGGCGCCAGCGCCGCGCCCGAGCGCCAGAACAAGCACAUCGAAUGGGCCGACACGCCCGUCAUCAUGGAGGAGGACGAGGACUGGGACGGCGAGGUGGUGUCGGACUCGGACUCGGAGGAGGACGAGGAUGACGACGACGAAGAGUAUGGCAAUGACGAUGCCUUCUUCGUUGAUAUCACGCCCACCCUCACAUCUACUACCACCACCGCCGCCGCCGCUGCUGAAUCCCACCCUCGCCCACAACAUACUUACUACCACCACCAACAAAAACAACACCUCGUACAUCUCGAAGACGAAGCCGAUGUCUACGACGACGACGACGAUGACGAUGACUACGAAGAGGACGACCAGGACGAUCUGGCCGACCUCGCACUCAUGCGCACCCACUCGCACUCACGGAACCCGCCUGAGCUGCUCGCCGACGACUCGGGCGACGACGACUCGGAGGAAGACGACGCCGGCCCGCCGUCCCCGCCGCAGCCGUCGUUUGACGAGUUCUCUGCCUCGUCGAAACACCACCAUCACCACGACGAAACCGGCAUCCUGCUGCGGCGUCCACGCUUGUACGCGCCGACCGCGGAGCUGAAGGUGCCGCCGCCGCCGCGGGAUGCGGGCUCCAAGACCGCACCACCGGGCACCACGCCAGUAUCUGACGCCGCCGCUGUCGCCGCCGCAGCUGGUGCUGGUGGUGCCCAUGGUUCGGCGCUCCUGGGAGGUGGGAUUUUUCUAUCGCCGCAAGAUCAUCCCGCUAUUGAAGCUUUUUGA